CCUCCCUCCACCUCCACCUCCACCUCCACUCCACUGCCAUCCUCUCACCACCAUGGCUGCCACACUCUCCUCUGUGCCUGCCCCCUCCAAGCACUCCUCCAUUGCCAGAGCUCAGCUCUCCCCUCCCCCUUCCAUCCUCUCAUCAUCAACGAAGACGGCCUUCCAUGGGCUGUCGCUGGUGGACAGGCGGUGGGCGGCCUCUGUCGGCGGCGGCGGCGGCCGGCGGCGGAGGGUGCUGCAGGUGAACGCGAGGACCGCGGGCGCGGCGAAGAACAUCGAGGUUGAGGUCGACAAGCCGCUCGGGCUCACCCUCGGCCAGAAGACCGGCGGUGGCGUCGUCAUCACCGCUGUGGACUCAGGAGGGAACGCAGCAAGAGCAGGGCUGAAAUCAGGUGACCAGGUGCUCUACACAAGUAGCUUCUUUGGGGAUGAACUCUGGCCUGCAGAUAAGCUGGGGUUCACCAAGACAGCCAUCCAGGCAAAGCCAGACUCCGUCUACUUUGUGGUGAGCAGGGGUGCAUCAGUUGAUGUGAAGCGCCUUCCGAAAAGGCCAGCGCCUCCUAGAUUUGGCAGGAAGUUGACUGAAUCACAGAAGGCUAGAGCAACACACAUUUGCCUUGAUUGUGGAUACAUCUACUUCCUUCCCAAGCCUUUCGACGAACAGCCUGAUGAAUAUGGCUGCCCACAAUGCAAUGCGCCAAAGAAACGGUUUGCGAAGUAUGAUCCAGAAACCGGGAAGGCGAUCGGUGGUGCUCUGCCACCUAUUACGGUGAUCGUCAGUUUGAUAAUCGGCAUUGCUGGAGUAGGGGCCUUGCUUGUAUAUGGCCUUCAAUAGGCUGCAAAUACUUCACAGGUUUUUGACUGUGUAUCAAAAAGCUCAGCCAAUUGCUGAUGCACUCUUAUGAUCUUAUCUAGCAAAAGAAUUCUGAGUGAUAUAUAUUUGAGGGGGAAAGGUAAAAACAUCAUAUUGGAGGCUAAUGACUAAAUGACUACUCAAAUCUCCUUAUAUCUACGGAGAUUAAUUUACUAGUCUC